AUGGUAUCCAAGUCUCUUGAUCAUAUCUUCCUUGUUUCUUUCCCUGCCCAAGGCCAUGUAAACCCUUUACUUAGACUUGGCAAACUUCUUGCCUCCAAAGGUUUGCUUGUCACCUUCUCCACUACCGAAGCCACUGGCAAACAGAUGAGAAAGGCCAGUGACAUCACAGAUGAGGCGACCCCGUUAGGAGAUGGCUUUAUCCGGUUUGAAUUCUUUGAAGAUGGAUGGGACGAGGAUGAGCCUAGGCGCCAAUUAGACCCUGACCAAUACUUACUUCAACUUGAGCUUGUUGGCAAACAAGCAAUUCCUCGAAUGAUCAUGAAAAAUGCAGAGCAAGGGCGCCCUGUUUCUUGCCUCAUAAACAACCCUUUCAUUCCUUGGGUUACAGAUGUGGCUGAAAGUCUUGGUCUCCCUUCUGCAAUGCUUUGGGUCCAAUCUUGCUCUUGUUUUGCUGCAUAUUACCAUUACUAUCAUGGUACUGUACCUUUCCCUGAUAAGGAACACCCUGACAUAGAUGUUCAAUUGCCAUGUAUGCCUCUCUUAAAAUAUGAUGAAGUUCCUAGCUUCUUACACCCUGCAACUUCUUAUCCUUUCUUGACGAAGGCUAUUUUAGGACAGUACAAAAAUCUUGACAAGCCAAUUUCCAUCCUGAUGGAAACAUUCGAAGAGCUUGAAUCAGAGCUUAUCAAGCACAUGUCCGAAAUCUUCCCCAUCAAGACCGUUGGUCCACUAUUUAGAAAUCCUAGGGCACCAAAAACAACCGUCCAUGGGGACCUCCUGAAGGCAGAUGACUGCAUCGAAUGGCUCGACACAAAGCCACCUUCAUCAGUUGUUUAUGUGUCUUUUGGCAGUGUCGUAUCCUUGAAGCAAGACCAAUGGAACGAGAUCGCUUAUGGGUUAUUGAACUCUGGUGUCUCCUUCUUGUUGGUUAUGAAACCACGCCACAAAGAUGCAGGGCAUGACCUCGUUGUCCUGCCAGAUGGGUUCUUGGAGAAAGCAGGUUACAAUUGCAAAUUGGUGCGAUGGAGUCCCCAAGAGGAAGUUUUAGCUCAUCCAUCAGUUGCAUGCUUUGUAACGCACUGUGGGUGGAACUCUUCUAUGGAAGCACUCACAUCAGGGAUUCCAGUAGUGGCUUUCCCUCAAUGGGGUGAUCAAGUAACUAAUGCGAAAUAUUUGGUCGACAUCUUCAAGGUUGGUGUGAGAUUGUGCCGCGGAGAAGCAGAAAACGAACUUAUUACUCGAGAUGAGAUAGAGAAAUGCUUGUUGGAGGCCACAGUGGGACCUAAGGUGUUGGAGAUGAAGCAGAAUGCACUAAAGUGGAAGAAGGCAGCCGAGGCAGCAGUGGCUGAGGGUGGUUCCUCCGACAGGAAUGUACAAUCUUUUGUUGAUGCUGUAAAGCGAAUAAGUAUUGAGAUUGCUACCAAGUCUGUUAGUUCUAAUGAGGUUGUAGAGUUUGUGGGGGUAAAGUCCAACGAGCAAGUUGUGGAACUGAUGAUUCACGUAAAGAAUGGAUUCGGUUGUAUGAACCCGCAACGGCCUGAAGCUGAAACGAUGGCGUUCAAGCCCAAGCUUCAAUCAUUGCACUUUUACCGCACCGAUGCUCCCGCACUGAAUUAUUGUCAACCGAACAAAUCGAAUCCUGAGACGAGGGUAGUUUUAAAAGGAAAACUUUGCUUGCUUCACGAGUUAGAAAAGCGAAGUUUUAUCUUCUCCUAA